CCCGCUCGGCGGUUCGUGAAGAGCAAAUUCGAUUUCUAAAUUUUAUAUUUCACUCUCGAAGGCGGCUGCGUUUGUAUUUUCGCUUCAGUCGACGCGCAGCACUCAGCACGAACAAACGUUUGACGCGUAUCUGCGAGAUACGGAUACGAGUACGACGAGUACAUAUAUUCGUUCUAUUUUGUAAAGCUACAAAAUGCAUAGAGCCCACACAGCCUUCAGCCUGGCCUUGUCGCCGAUGGCGCACAAGAACUUCGCCACAUGGCUGCUCAAGAGCAGCAGCAGUCAGCAGAUGGCCAAGGUAACUGCAGCGGCCGCUGUGCGCACCUACAACUCCGCGGCUGCCGAACCUUUUGCCAACGGCAGCACCGCCUCCUACGUGGAGGAGAUGUACAACGCCUGGCUUCGGGAUCCCACUUCCGUGCACACCUCCUGGGACGCGUACUUCCGCAGCAACAGCUACGUUAGCCCGCCCAACUUGGCGCCCGUGCAGGCCAACACUCUGCCGCUGACCUCCUUUAACUUUGGAGGAGCCGUCGGCGGCGCUGCGCCCGACUCCAAGACCAUUGACGACCAUCUGGCUGUCCAGGCCAUCAUCAGGAGCUACCAGUCACGAGGUCAUUUGGCAUCUGAUCUGGAUCCGCUUGGAAUUUUGACUCGCGAAAAAACCGUCUGCAAGGAUGGGCUAGCACGUCGUGCUAACGAAGAUGUGCUCAGGCAGCACUCUGGGUUUUUGUUUGGCGAGCAGGACAUGGAUCGCCAGUUCAAGCUGCCCAGCACUACCUUCAUCGGAGGCGAUGAGGCUUCGUUGCCCCUAAAGGAAAUCCUGAACCGCCUGGAGAACGUCUACUGUAACAAGAUUGGCGUGGAGUUCAUGUUCAUCAACUCGCUGGAGCAAUGCAACUGGAUCCGCAAGCGUUUUGAGACUCCCGGCGUCCUCAACUUCUCGCCCGAGGAGAAGCGUCUGAUCCUGGCCCGUUUGACCCGUGCCACCGGCUUCGAGGCUUUCCUGGCCAAGAAGUACUCUUCUGAGAAACGUUUCGGUCUGGAGGGUUGCGAGAUCAUGAUCCCAGCCCUGAAGGAGAUCAUCGACGUGUCAACGGAGUUGGGAGUGGAGUCGGUCAUCAUGGGCAUGCCCCAUCGUGGACGUCUUAACACCUUGGCCAACGUGUGCCGCAAGCCCUUGAACCAGAUCUUCACCCAGUUCGCUGGUCUGGAGGCUGCUGAUGAUGGCUCUGGUGAUGUCAAGUACCAUCUGGGUACAUACAUCGAGCGAUUGAACCGCGUUACAAACAAGAACAUCCGGUUGGCUGUCGUGGCCAACCCGUCCCAUCUGGAGGCUGUGGAUCCCGUGGUCCAGGGCAAGACCCGUGCCGAGCAGUUCUACCGUGGCGACCAGGAGGGCAAGAAGGUUAUGUCCAUUUUGAUCCACGGUGAUGCCGCCUUCUGCGGACAGGGCGUCGUCUACGAAACUAUGCAUCUUUCGGAUCUGCCCGACUACACCACACACGGAACUAUCCAUGUGGUGGCCAACAACCAGAUCGGUUUCACCACCGAUCCCCGUUUCUCGAGGUCCUCUCCCUACUGUACGGAUGUGGCUCGUGUCGUCAAUGCUCCUAUUUUCCACGUCAACGCUGACGAUCCAGAGGCCGUGAUGCAUGUGUGCAAGGUGGCUGCUGAGUGGCGUGCCACUUUCCACAAGGAUUGUGUUAUUGAUUUGGUCGGAUACCGCCGCAAUGGACACAACGAGAUCGACGAGCCCAUGUUCACGCAACCCCUGAUGUACCAGAAGAUCCGCAAGCACAAGAACUGUUUGGACCUGUAUGCCGACAAACUGAUCGCCGAGGGCACUGUCACCGGCGAGGAGGUCAAGUCGGUUGCUGCUAAGUACGAGAACAUUUGCGAGGAGGCAUUCGCUCUGGCCAAGACCGAGACCCACGUCAAGUACAAGGACUGGCUCGACUCGCCCUGGUCCGGCUUCUUCGAGGGCAAGGACCCCUUGAAGGUAGCGCCCACUGGAGUCAAGGAGGAGACCCUCAUCCACAUCGGCAACCGCUUCUCGUCGCCGCCACCGAACGCUGCUGAAUUCGUGAUUCACAAGGGUCUAUUGCGAGUGUUGGCCGCUCGCAAGGCAAUGGUGGACGAAAAGGUCGCUGAUUGGGCCUUGGGAGAGGCCAUGGCCUUCGGCUCUCUGCUGAAGGAGGGAAUCCAUGUGCGCCUUUCGGGACAGGAUGUCGAGCGCGGUACCUUCUCGCAUCGCCACCAUGUGCUGCACCACCAGCUGGUCGACAAGGCCACCUACAACUCGCUGCAGCACAUGUACCCAGAUCAGGCGCCCUACUCCGUCUCCAACAGCUCGCUGUCGGAGUACGCAGUGCUUGGUUUCGAGCACGGUUACUCGAUGACCAAUCCCAAUGCCCUGGUGCUGUGGGAGGCUCAGUUCGGAGACUUCAGCAACACUGCUCAGUCGAUCAUCGAUCAGUUCAUCUCCAGCGGUCAGUCAAAGUGGGUGCGCCAAUCGGGUCUGGUGAUGCUCCUGCCCCACGGCAUGGAAGGCAUGGGCCCCGAGCACUCCUCGUGCCGCGUGGAGCGCUUCCUGCAAAUGAGCAGCGACGAUCCCGACUACUUCCCACCAGAGUCCGAUGAGUUCGGAGUGCGACAGCUGCACGACAUUAACUGGAUCGUGGCAAACUGCUCGACGCCCGCCAACUACUACCACAUCCUGCGCCGACAGAUCGCAUUGCCUUUCCGCAAGCCCCUGAUCCUGUGCACGCCCAAAUCGCUGCUGCGUCACCCCGAGGCUAAGAGUCCUUUCAGCGAGAUGAGCGAGGGCAGCGAGUUCCAGCGCAUCAUCCCCGACAACGGCCCCGCCGGCCAGAAUCCCAGCAAUGUGAAGAAGGUCGUCUUCUGCUCGGGCCGCGUCUACUACGAUUUGACCAAGACACGUAGGGAAAAGCAGCUGGAGGGCGAAAUCGCCAUUGUGCGCGUGGAGCAGAUCUCUCCCUUCCCCUUCGAUCUGGUCAAGGAGCAGGCCAACCUGUACAAGAAUGCCGAACUCGUGUGGGCCCAAGAGGAGCACAAGAACCAGGGCAGCUGGACCUAUGUGCAACCUCGUUUCCUCACCGCCUUGAACCACAGCCGCGACGUCAGCCAAAGCGAUGAACAAUCCUCCACCAAUACUACCACUACUACUGAUCAUACUAAUCAUGAAUCCGACACCGAUUCCGAUUCAAAAUCUAAACCGUGGCUGAGUCGCAUGUUCGCCGCCCCGAACUCCGGCGGCGAUCCUAAGGAUCCGGCGCAAAACCUUGGCGGCGACUUCAAUGCCGCCAAGCACUUUGACCUAAAGAAUGUACGACACGAUUUCAAUAGGCCCGCGGGCAUCGCGGCCGCUCCGGGCGCCCGCAUAGCGAAAACCGGACGCAAAAUUAGCUACGUCGGCCGCGCCUGCGGAGCUUCCACCGCCACCGGAUCCAAGGCCCAGCACAUCCGUGAGCUGAACGCGCUGCUCAACGACGCGAUUUCGACCUAAGGAGAUGGGUUUGGAUGGAGAUGAGAUUGGGAUGAAGAUGGAGAUGGAGACGAUGAAUAUUAAUUACUAUUAUAUUUUGUAUUGAAACGUAUGCAGACUCUUUGAUACGAUUUUUUGAUGACAAAAUUGUUAAGAGCAUUGUGUGAAAGUAAUGAAAUGUUAAAUAUUAGUUUAGUGAAAUUACAAGAGCAAACGGCAACCAAGUAACAAAUAACACGAAAUGUUAAGUGUUUAGUAAAGAAUCAAACAAAACGAAAAAGAGCUACAACCACUCACAGCAAGUCUUUAAUGCAAACUAAAGAGCCAAGAUCUAGUAAAUAGCCAACUAACCUAUGCGCAUACAUUUGAAGUGAUGAGAACUCGCAUAGGAGGAGGAUAUCACUAUACUUUCGGAAUGAAUAAAACCCUUUAUAAUCUUAUUUCUUAUUCCUAUGUUUAAUAUUUAUUUUAUUGUAUUAUAUAUAACUAAACUAUCUCAAGCCACUCGAAGUUUUGACACCCUUUAUCGAUCGCAGGCCAAGAAAUCAUUAGUGUUUUUGUUUGCCUAAGUUACACAUUUUUGUUUAAAUAAAUGAACAAGUAUAAUACUUAACAAUGACAAACCAACAGAGCUGUGCUUUAGUUCAUCACCGAUCGAGAAGGCACUAUCAGGGAUAUAGUUCGCGUUUUAUAUACUACCCAGUAAUUUGGACUGGAAGCUUUGAUUACGAUUCUCAACAACAACUUGUGUUUGGAACUAAGCAAAGCGUGUUUUAUUUUUUUGGAUACCCUUUAUGGAGCGCAUCAAAAUGCAGCCAAAAUGCUUUAAUUGUUUUUGAUCCACGGACGGAGUCCAAUCAGGACCCUCUUAAAAAUAUUUACAAAACAAAAUAUAUAUAUACUUAAAAACUAAUAUUGCACUUGUCUCGCACCAAUAUAAGAUAUUGAACUGUAGAGUGAUAAAGCUAAACUUUUCCAAGGAAAACAAUAUGAAAACUAUUUUAUAAAAAGAGAGAACUUAAAGAGAGAGCAUGUGUGUGCGACAUGGUCGAAAAUUUAACUUCAUCUCUAAAUUUUAGUGUUACUACAACCAAAUAUAAAUCACAAAUUUGCACCAAGUAAGUAAGUAGAAUGUUAAAAUCAAAUAUUACACAAGGCAAUGUGAGUUGUCAAGAGCCCUGAUAAGAAAAGAUUUUGGCAAAUAAUGUAAAAUGUGGGGAUAACACGAUUAAAAAGGAAAUAUACAAUUUACUAUUUAA